UCUGGACUCUGGACAGAUUCCGCGCAUGCGCACAUCAGAGUUGGUCUGCGUGUCAUGUUGAUGAAUGCUAAAACUGGGUAGUCAACAUGUCCACCGCUGCUGCUCCGCAAAACAAUAACGAAGAGCCCGGGCUUCACGGCUCUUGGGUAGAACUGGAGCUAAAUGGGAACACGGGCGCCAAGAGCGUGCAGACCAACUUGCCAGAGACACCGGCUGCAGACCAAAUAAACGCAAAUGCUGGCAUGAGUCAAACCGUGCAGACCUUAGAAGUGGUGCCUGAGAGUGAUGAAACCCUGAUCGGAGGACUAGAGCAUGUGCCGUCGUCCUCCUCGAUCCACAAUGGAGACAUGGAGAAGAUCCUCCUGGAUGCACAGCAUGAAUCCAGCCAGAGUAGCUCCUCCUGUGAUAGUCCUCACAGGCCACCAAGUCCAGAUCAGGAUGAGGGUCAGAUAACUUUUGAUGUGGAGAUGUCCAGCCCAAGAGAUAGUCAGUCAGAGGAGGAAGGUCCAGAGAAGGAUAGAGAGGAAGACAUCCUGAUGAACAAGGAAGUAGACUGGGUCGCUGACUGGUCCAGCAGACCGGAAAACAUUCCACCAAAAGAAUUCCACUUCAGGCACCCCCGGCGUUCAGUCUCUCUCAGUAUGAGAAAGAGUGGAGUCAUGAAGAAAGGGGGCAUCUUCUCUGCUGAAUUCCUCAAAGUCUUCAUCCCUUCCUUACUCAUCUCACACAUCCUCGCUCUUGGCCUCGGGGUGUACAUUGGGAAGAGAAUUGCCACAGCCCCGACCAGCUCUUACUGAGCAGAAGAAGAAGAAGCAGUGCCUGGAUGUUCUCCUGUCUCCAAGUCUCUCAACCAUCCUCCUGUAGUCGAGCUGUCUCUCUGCAUCUAUUGUACGCCCACAUUUCCCUCCCAAUCAGCAUUAAAAAUUUGUCACAUUGUAGAUAUAGUUAUAGAGUUAUACACAUGACGUAAUGUGGUUGCACUCCAUCACCUUUUGACACAGGGCAACAUCGUACCCAGCAGCUGUCACCAACUUGAACCCAGUAGAUGACAGACCCUGUUAGAGCUGCAAAAUAUUAGUCAUCCUGUUCUACUCAGAAAAAAUAUGUGACAAGGAUUUGAAAUUUGAUUCGGGUGGCUUCAGGGUUUGACGUUUUCUCUACUUGUUUUGAUGUUUUGUCAUGAGAAAUUGGGCCUUCUCCCAAGCUGCAUCUCUCCACCGAGAGUGUACGAACCAAAAAAAAAAAGCGCCAUAUCUGCAAUAGGAACCAAUUGAAAUGGCUCUGGGAGCAGAGGGGACUUUAAUCGCCUUAACUUUUAUCGCUAAACAUUCAAGGUGCAGUUAUUGAAGGGGGGGAGGGGGGCAAUUGAUGCUGCACUGUGGGAUUAAUUUUUUCAUUAAUCCCACACCUUUUUGAGAAGUUGUAUCAUGUUGACUCCUGAGGGUUUCUUUUAAAAAGCUUUGUUUUUUCUGAAGGUUUGAAAGCUUAAACAUUGAUCUAAUAUGUAGCUCCAAAAUUUUUACAGUGGGGUUGUUUGAGUAUAUUAUGGUAGCGAUAACCUCUAGGGCAAAUGGCAAUUUACCAGGCCAUAUGCUAUUUUUUAUUUCUUUUUGCCUACAUAUCUUCUUUAACAUAAUAUAGCGGCAAAGGCAAAGUGCCAAAUUUGUAUCUUUCACCACUGCACAUUGGUGAUUUAUCUUAGACUGUUUUUUUUUUUAUUAUUAUUAUUUUCUGGUAUGUUUAGGUAUUUAAAGAUGUAGAUGUGAAAUAUAAUUUAAGCUGUGAUCUGCCCCAUGUUAUAGACACCUUCUGACCUUGUAUAAUUUGUUUAUACGUUGAUAUUAAUUCAUAUUAUAUCAUUGUUAUGUCAUAGCAUCGUGGCAGUGUACGUCCUGUGUUUUUGCUGUCUUUUAUUUGCUGAAGAAAACCACCACAGAGGAAGGUAUUUCCAGGGGCCUCAUUUUAGAGCGUUAUCUGACUUUUAAUGUAGAUUACACUGUGCAAUCAUUUCACAUUACAUGCUAUAAUAAACAGUGUACAGUGUGUGUAGAACUUCCAGAAAACCCACAUGACCAUUUCCUGAACAAAAUGCAUGUGACUUCUGUAUAUUGAUGCUGGUUGGAUGACUGAACGAUUCUUCUGUCGUUGUUUGUAAAUGGGGUGACAUUAUAGAAUCAUGUGAAAAAAUCGGUCGCCAUGAUGUACAGCAUUCGAAGUGUUGGUUUUGAAAGCGCUCAACAUGCAUUUAGGCUUGAAAGCAUUAUACUAACUCAUAAACUGUACAUGUCAUCAUAAAAGGCUUAUGUACAGUUAAGCAGUGUGCAAUACAGAACAUUUUGAAUAAAGUUUGUACUGUAUACAGCGGCUGAGAUAUAAAUACAAAGAGUGGAUAGAGCUCCUUAGACCUUACUGCAGUAUUUAAGUCAUAAUAACUAAUAAAAUGGCAUAUCAUCAUUUUGGGCUCAUGAUCGGUGAGCAAGAA